UUAGAGCGAUAUUUGCACUGGCAUAAUCUUCACGUAUAUAAAAUUGUCGUGGCCGGAGAGUUAUAGUUUUAGUUUGGCCUUAGAUGUCUGAGACGACUGUUUGAUUGGCUACAAUAUGGUUCGCUUGAGUGCUUUUUUAUUACUUUUUUAUUCUGCAAGUGUUCUUACUGAUGGAGGUUCACUACUCACACCAUGCAAAGUGGAUGAUACAGAGUGCCUAAGUAAAACAACUCAGCAAUUUCUGGAGAAGACAUGCCAAGGUAUACCGGAAUAUGACAUAAAACCAAUUGAUCCGCUGUUCAUUCCUGACUUGGAUAUCGUAGUUGGUGACGAUUUAGAAACAAAAUUACACUACAAGAACCUAACAAUAACCGGACUGAAGAACCAGCAGUUCUCGGAUAUGAAGAUGGACACUGAGGCUAAAUCGGUUGUGUUGCAAACGAGAGCAGAUCUUAAUAUAAUCGGAACCGUUAUAGUAGAGCUGAGCAAAAUACACAAGUCAAUCACAGGGUCCUAUACUCUCAAGGGAACUGCAUUGGGGACGUCUCGUUAUGGCUAUGGUUUUAGGACUGAUGAUAAAGGAAUUGAACAUUAUGAAGUUGGCCCAGAAACAAUUUCCUGUCAAACUGUCAAUGAGCCAGAGGUAACACUUGGACCAGAGUUAAGAGAAGCAAUAGAACAAGAUGAUAGCCUAAAGGAAAAGAAAGAAAAUUUCAAAAAAAAAGAGCUACAAAAGUUAGUUUUCUGCAAGAUGGUUGAGAAAGCCUACGUGACAGUCGUCCAUAAUAUCAGAGCCGCCGCAAAAAUUUUGCCAAAAAGUGCAUUCUUGGAUGGAGUUUAAUUAUUAACUUCUUAUAUGAUUAUGACCCACAGCCCCAAAAAAAACUUAUUUCUAAGUGUCACACGAAUGUAUAACCAAAAAUAAAUUUAAGAUGAGGUAUAUAUCUACGUUUAAAUAGCCCUGAUAUUUUAUAUUAUAUCGUGUAUAUUUAUCUUUACAAUCCCUUGAUUGUUAAAGACCGAAUAAGAUGUAAGCCAUUUUUAUAUGUUUUCCGUCACAACAUGACGAUUUACGAACCUGCUGCUGCUGCUGAAGGGAUGGAGAGUUUGUUAUAUUUAAAUGGCAAUAAUAAAAAUUCACAUUUUCA